UGGCCAUGGCGGCGGCGGCGGCGGCGGCUGACCCGCUUGAAAAUCUGCAGGGCGAGCUGACCUGCUGCAUCUGUCUGGACUAUUUUAAGCAUCCGGUGUCGAUUAAAAAGUGUUCCCACAGCUUCUGCAGGGGCUGCAUCACGCGGCUGUGCAGGAGCAAGGGCGGCAAGGCCCCCUGCCCCAGCUGCAUGCAGGACUUCGGCCUGAACAACCUGGUGGGAAACAGGUCCCUGGCCAACGUGGUGGAGAUCGUCCAGCAGCUGAAAGACGACCCCGGAGCGUGGGCGAGGAAGCGACGGAGCGGCCCGGAGCUGCUGGCGCUUUUCGGCCAAGAUGAUCCAGAAGCCCCCGGGGUCCAGACUCUGAAGCUGUCGGCUAGAUGCCGCCUGGGUCCGCUCGAGGAUAAGGUGAAGAUAAAUGAAAUUUCUGAACAAGUCAACAUGAUAGUUGAGGCAGUCUCUAACAUGAGGAAAGACGGGACUGAAAUGAAGGAUUAUGUAUCUGGGAUCAAAAGCUCAAUUUCGGAAGACUUCCGUGUCAUGCAGAAGCACUUGGGCAACCAGGAGAAAAUGCUGCUCGAGGUGCUUGACCAAGAAUGCAGAACAGCUGAGCAAAAAAUUGAUGGGAUGAUUCAACCACUGGUGUCAAGAAUCGACAAGCUUUUAGACUUACAAAAUAACUCUGAAGAAAUGCUGAAGAGUGUCUCACCAGAACAAGAAGUCUGCAUGGGUUCUUCUCCUACAGCUGAUGAAAUUACCCUGGAUAUUCCGAAGAUUAGCAGCGUUUUGCAUGCCGUAAAAAAGUUCAAAAGAUUAUUAUUGGAAAUGCCAGUGCCGUGGAACGGUCCUGAGCAGACGCUUCAAGAGCCUUCUCCAGGAACAAGCGGGACCAGAGAAACCCUGAUGGAUGUGGCAGAGCACGCAGUCGCCUCCUCCAGCAAUUCUUCCCAGUCUCAAGAUACACACCAGGAUACUAGUGGCUAUUCUUCAUCAGUGGAGUCUGACGGAGACAGUUCAAUGCCAGGGAUUACAAGUCAGUUUUCUCAGUGGGCAUCCAGUGUGACAUUUGAUCUCAAGAGAAUCCAUGACAAGCUUGAAGUCACUAAAGAUAAAAGGAGAGUGAGGGUGUCCCAGUUUACAUGUGAAUACGAACGCUCCCCGAAGAGAUUCCGCAUCAGCCAGGUCAUGGGCUCGCCCGGUUUCUCUGAAGGGCGCCAUUACUGGGAGGUGAACACCAAAGACAGUGCUGGCUGGGCCAUCGGUGUCGCUGUCGAAGAAAUCGGCAGUCGUGAUCAACUAGGGAGAAAUGAACUAUCCUGGUGCAUAGAAUGGUCAAAUGAAAAGCUCUCCGCGUGGCACAAGGGACAAGAAACUCAAAUUAGUGAAGAGAAACCCUUGCGGGUUGGCACCUUUCUCGACAUCCCCCAAAACUGCUUAUCAUUUUAUUCUUGCACUGGUAAGGAAACUUGCUUACAUACGUUUGAAAUCAAAAUAGUGAGUCCCGUUUACCCAGCUUUUUGGAUCUAUGGUGGGGGUGCAGGUGAAUUCUUAACUAUAUAUAAUAGCAAGAGGAGCUAGGGUAUAGCUGGGAGUCCAAAGUAUAGUAGGAGGCCAUGUGCCAGGGCCACUUGAAGAGGUCUGGGAUCUGGGGCCUGGAUGGGGCACCUCUUGGGAAUCCUAUGUAAGCUGCCCUGAGUUCUGGGAAGAAAGAAAAGUGGGAUAAAAAUGCCAUAUAUACAUAAUAUCUGUGCUCUCAAUGUAUAUUGUUUUCAUACCACUUCAUACUAACGUAUCCAAAGUCUACAUUGUCACUGGAUGGAGGAUAUAGGCUUCAAAAUGUAUGUUUGCAGGCAGAACUUCAGGAUUCUGCCUACCCACACAUUAACUACCCACACAUUGACUGGGCCAAUGGGUGUUCGAAUCGGGGGAGAGAAAGUGAGUUUCUAGACUGUCUCAAUGACUGUGCUAUGGAACAGAUGGUUACAGAACCUACUAGGGGA